CAGUGUUGGAAAGGGCUGCAGACGCUUACGCUGAGGCAAAACAGAAAAUUACGACAAAAAAGCAGAGCCGCGCAAAUAAAAGGCCAUGAACUCGGCAACCAAGGUGGGCGAGAUAUUCACGGCCGCCGGACAGGCGUUCAGCAGACUGGGCGAUCUCACCAUGCAGCUGCAUCCGAACGCGGAGUCGCCAUCCGGGAAGUGGACGGACGAGGAGAUCGACAUGCUGCACUCGUCCAUCAUGCGCUUCUCCGACGACCUGACCAAGAUCAGCCUGAGCAUCAAGAACCGCACCGUCUCCCAGAUCCGCCAGGCGCUGAAGAAGAAGGCCUUCGAGGACGCCGGCAUUCCCGCCAAGCAAGUGCCCGUCCAGCAGGUGCAGCACGUCCUCCAGACGCUGCCACCGCAGCAGUCGCAGUCGCAGCUUCAGCCGCAGCCACAGCAAUCCCUUCAGCAGACGCCUCCUCAAGUAUUCAAAACACAGCCCAUCGUGCAGCAUGUGCAGCUGGUGGCGCAGCCCAAGCAGAUCAUCCUGCAUCCACAGACCACCACAACGACGGGCACGACGGUGACCGUGAAGCAGUACCAGCAGAUGCAGAAAGCGCUUGCGGCGGCCCAGGCAGCUGCCGCAACGGCGGCGGCGUCGGCGUCGUCCAACAACACGCCCACCAUCACGGAGAACAUCAUCAUCCAGCAGCCCACGUCCACGUCGGCGACGGCGGUGCAACAGCCCCUCGUGGUGUCCACCUGCUCGUCGGCGCAGAUCGUGAUGCCCGUGGUGGUGCCGGCCGUGUCCACAGUGCUCUCGCCCACUGUGGUGAUUGCCGACGAUGUGGUCAGCACUACCUCCACUCCGCCAGCAACGGCGUCGGGGGCGGGGGCGGGGGCAGGAGGUGCCACAGCAGCAGCAGCAGCAGGAGGAGCGCCAGCAGGGUCGGCAGCGGGCCUAAAGUGCGGACCAGACGUGUCCAUGACCCUCAACCGCAUCAAUGUGCAGGAGAACGAGGUGGACGUGGAGGAGUGCCUGCCCGCGGAGGUGGUCAAGCUGGAUUUCGUCAGCGAGGAGGUGGCCGGAUGAGAUCGAAGCCCCCAGAACGGGCUGGACUUCUACUAUUAGAUCUCCGGCCGCCUAACGAAUCACGUAACGUAACUUGGAACAGAAUCGCUACAAAUCUAGAUCGAGAACUCUUUA